AUGGCCCAACAGGGACAAACUGCUCCAAACUGCUCUCUAUCUACCCCUUUGGGCGCUAAGCUAAGCCAGGUUGGGGGAAAUCGUAGCUCAGACCAGCCGGGAAGUGGGGCCCAGAAUGAAUGGGGAGUCGAUCCCAGCGUGGGUGGACGAAUCAGCGUCGGGGCCGCUGGCAUGGCAAAUGCACCCUCCACGCCUGCAAAAUGGGCCGCUAUCAUGCCAGGGAUAAUAACACAGUACCAGGGGGGCUUUCGGAGCAAUGAGUUUGCAGCUGGCGAUUACAUCACGAACCAGAGUCUCUGCAUCAUUGCAAUCAACGCCCGUCAUCACCGACGGCUCAAACGGCCGGUUACUCCAAAUACUCAGUCUAAACUGGAUUCAGCAGCCGGGUCUGUGUCUUUGGAAUCGGAUAAGCUCCGUCAGUUUUCAUGGUUUUCACCUGACUCGCCUUUACUAUCCUCUCCAACAUCAUAUGAAUCUGCCCACCGGAGACCAUCCUCGGUCGGCAACGAUCUCGAUGCGAACUGCCUUCACGUGGCUGCACUGGACGAUCGGCCUCAGGGGUCCCACGACCGGCGAACUGCCGCUCCGUCUACCUACGGGACCAUUCCGUUCGCGCCAGAGCAGUUGACACUUAGCCUUUUGCUUGCAUCGUCCUCCUUGCAGACAAUGAUCCAGCCUGGGAUUAGGGAGAGGGCGGCAAAUGCGACAGAAUCUAUGCUCGUUUUAUCCACUGCCUACCCACAGACUCCCUUUCAACAGAGCUCCGCGGAGUGCUAUGUCACCAUGGGAGAAAGCAUUGGGACAGUCAUCCAAGCUCCGUAG